AUGAUAGGCGUCGUGACACCCACCACCGUGUCUCAACUGCUCUACUCAUCGUCUCUGCCGUCGCCCCGCCUUCUCUCCCAUCAUCUCCCCUUCUCCCAUCAUCUCCCCCCUCUCCCAUCAUCUCCCCUUCUCCCAUCAUCUCCCCUUCUCCCAUCAUCUCCCCUUCUCCCAUCAUCUCCCCCCUCUCCCAUCAUCUCCCCCCUCUCCCAUCAUCUGCCGUCUGUCCCCACCGCACCCUCUCCCGUUCCCGCCAUUGCCCCCCUCCCAGGGAGUGGCAGGCAUGAGCUGUGCGUGCGGGGUGUGUUUGCUGUGCGUGUGGCUGAGGGGGCGCCCAUGACGCCAUGGCCACGGCACCUCUGCUGGGCGCCAAACCAAGCCACGCCGUGGCGGGUCGCCGCGCAUCUCUGCCUGCACGGCACGCGCACCCAGCCUGCCCAUCCACCACCGCCACACCAACCUGCCACAUCACCUGCCGCCAUGUCUCCUCAUACUUCUCAUGCUAUCGCUGCACGCAGAAGCCAUCUCCCACCCAGAGAUCUCCCGUCCCAAAGAUCUCCCAAUGACGCGCUGUUGCUUGCUGGACAGGUGGGUGGUGCGUGGGGAUGGUGGGUGGUGCGUGGGGAUAGUGGGUGGUCUUUCUCUCUCGCCCUCUUUCUUCUUUCCAGUGAUGGGUCAUUAUUUUCAACUGCUGCAGCCAAGGCCACCAUGGCUCGUGUCAAGGCCGCCAUGGCCGCCCGUCGCACGCGCCUCACCACUGCUCUCUUACCGUUUGGCUUCGGGAUCCGCGACGGCAGCAGCGCUAGUGCAGCAUUCGUUGACCUUCUAGCUGCCGCCGUCGUGCAACCAGCUGGCGAUAGCAUCGCCGAAACCGACACCGUUGGAUCUGAGGCUGGAACAUCCAACACUUCAGCAUCCGACGGUGUAGCAUCCGAUGGUUCCGCCUCCGACGGUGUAGCAUACGCCGGUUCAGCGACCGAUACUGUAGCAUCCGACAGUUCAGCUUGCGAUGUGGAAGCGGAUAGCUUAGGAGCAUCCGACGGUUCAGCAUACGAUGCUGUAGCAUCCGAUGCUCCAGCAUCUGACGCUCCAGCAUGA